AUGUUUAGAUUUUUAUCAAAUAAAUGGGUCACAGAAUUUCCGCAAAUUAUUUUUCGCAAAGAUUACAAAUUUUUCUCGCUGCGGAAUAUAUCUUUUGGAGAUCCUUCAAUGCCGGAUAAAUUGUACAAAACCAUCACACUAGAAAUUAAAAGCUCAGAACCCGAAGUUUUACGAAGUUACUCCCGUUUUGUCAAAACUGCUGCUGAGUGUUUAAAUAUUAAUUUAGGAGAAAUUAAAACUUUACCAAAGCCAACUAAACGGAGGUUCACCGUGCUAAAAUCCGUUUUCGUACAUAGAAAACAUUUAGUUCAAUAUGAAAUAAGAACUCAUUACUUAUGGAUGAACUUUAAUAAAUUAACAGGUUCCACUGCUGAUACCUUUUUAGAAUACAUUGAAAGAAUGCUUCCUGAAGGUGUUGGUAUGAAAGUAACAAAAGUUUCUGCUGAACCAAUGCCUAGCCACCUGUCCCCUUCUCAUAUAAAACAAAUUUUAUAG